AAAACAAUAGUUUUUUUUUUAUUUUUUUUUUUUUUUUUCUUAAAUCAAUUAUUUUUAUUUCAUUUUUGAUUAAAUUAAAUAAUUUAAUAAAUUAAUAAUAUUAUCAUAAUAAUAUCUUAUUGUUUAUUUAUUUAUUUAAUUUAAAUAUUUCUAUAUAUAUAUAUUACAUAUAAUAAUAAAAAAUGAAUUUCGAAUCAAGUGAAGAUAGGGAUGGUGUCAGAUUUUCAUGGAAUGUAUGGCCAACAUCAAGAGUUGAAGCAACUAAAAAUCUUUUGGUUCCAUUAGGUUGUAUGUAUACACCACUUCAUCAAAGUUCAGAAACAACACAAGUACCAUACCCACCACUUCGUUGUAAAGGUAUUUGUAAUGCAAUUUUAAAUCCAUUCUGUACUAUAGCACCACCAUAUAAAACAUGGGUUUGUCCAUUUUGUUUACAACAUAAUCAAUUCCCACCACAUUAUGCAGGUAUUUCAGAUGUAAAUAGACCAGCAGAAUUAUUACCACAUAUUACAACUAUUGAAUAUCAAUUACCAACACCAGAAACAGCAUUACCAAUUUAUUUAUUUGUUGUUGAUGUUUGUUUACCAGAUGAUGAAUUACAAUCACUUACAGACUCAUUAACCAUGUCAUUAUCAUUGAUCCCAGAGAAUUCAUAUGUUGGUCUUAUUACCUUUGGUUCUAUGGUACAAUUAUAUGAAUUAGGUUUUACAGCAUGUCCAAAAUCAUAUGUUUUCCGUGGUAACCCAAGCAAUAGUAAUUUCAAGAUUUCAGAUUUAAUGCAAAAGGUAUUCUUUGGCUCACAAGAAACUAUGAAUCUUCAAAGCAAGCGUUUCCUUGUCCCAGUCAGCGAAUGUGAAUUCCAUUUAACUUCAAUUCUUGAAGAAAUCCAAAAAGACCCAUGCAGAGUCGCAAGUGAUAAACGUCCAUUACGUGCCACCGGUAUGGCUUUCUCUGUAGCCAAUGCCCUUCUUUCAACCAUUGCCCCAAAUACUGGUGCUCGUAUUAUGGCUUUCAUUGGUGGUGCCGCUACUAUUGGUCCAGGUUUAAUCGUUUCAGAAGAAUUAAAAGAACCAAUCCGUUCACACCAAGAAAUCAUUAAAGGUAAAGCCAAGUACACCACUAAAGCUUACCAAUUUUAUAAAUCUAUUGCUGAACGUUCAGUUCAACAUGGUCAUGCUAUCGAUAUAUUCUCUUGUUCACUCGAUCAAAUUGGUCUCUAUGAAAUGAGAGAGAUGGUUAAAAUGACUGGUGGUUAUAUGGUAUUAGCCGAUAGUUUCGAUCAUCCAAUGUUCCAACAAUCUUUCCAAAAAAUAUUUAAACGUGACGAUGGUGCUCUUAAAACUGGUUUCAAUGCCGAAAUUCAAGUUUGUACUUCAAUGGGUCUUAAAGUUUGUGGUGCCAUUGGUCACAUGUCUUCAAGAAAUAAUAAAACACCAACUGUUAGCGAAAAUGAAAUUGGUAUUGGUGGUACUAGCUCUUGGAAAGUUUGUGCAUUAGAUCAAAAUUCAACAUUUGCCUUUUAUUUUGAAAUUUCAUCACAACAAAAUGUUUCUGAACAUUUAGGUUUAGUACAAUUCAUUACAUCAUAUCAAAAUUCAUUAGGUAAACAAAUUUUACGUGUUACAACAGUCAGAAGAGAAUGGGCUCAAGCAGUUCAAGACCCAAGUCAAAAUAUUACAUUAUUAGCAAAUGGAUUUGAUCAAGAAACAUCAGCUGUAUUAAUGGCACGUUUAGCAGUAUUUAAAGCAGAAACUGAAGAAUUACCAGAUAUUACAAGAUGGUUAGAUAAGAUGUUAAUUAAAUUAGUAUCAAAAUAUGCAGAUUAUAGAAGAGAUGAUCCAAAUUCAUUUAGAUUGGUUCAAAACUUUGCUAUUUAUCCACACUUUAUGUUCCAUCUUCGUAGAAGUAAUUUCCUUCAAGUUUUCAAUUCAUCACCAGAUGAAUCUAGUUUCUAUCGUUUCAUGUUAAAUCGUGAAAAUGUAUCAAACUCAUUAGUUAUGAUUCAACCAACCCUUGAAAAAUACUCAUUCAAAGGACCACCACAUCCAGAGGUUCUCUCAGCUUCAUCCAUUUCAAAUGACUCUAUCCUCUUAUUGGAUACUUUCUUCCACGUUUUAAUUUUCCACGGUGAAACUAUCGCUCAAUGGAGAAAAGCAGGUUAUGAUAAAGAUCCAAACCAUCAAAACUUCAGAGAUCUCCUUCAAGCUCCAAGAGAUGAUGCUGCUCAUAUCCUCAAAGAACGUUUCCCAUAUCCACGUUAUAUCGUUUGUGACCAACAUAGUGGUGAAGCUCGUUUCCUUUUAGCCAUUAUCGAUCCAAAUAUUACCCAUGUUAGUGGUAAUACCACUGGUGGUGAAGUUGUUUUCACUGAUGAUGUAAAUUUACAUGUUUUCUUAGAACAUUUAAAAAAGUUUGCAGUUCAAUCAUAAUAAUAAAAUAUAAUUUUACAAAUAAUAAUAAUAACAAUAAUAUAAAUUAUUGUUAUAAUAUUUUAAUUUUAAAUUUUUCAAUUAAAAAUUUUUUAAAAUUAAAUAAUAAAAAUAAUAAUAAUUUUUAUAAAAAAUAUAUUUAUAAUAAUAAUAAUUCAAGAACUUUAAAAAAUAUUUUUAAAAAUAAAGAAAACAAAAAAACUAUAAAAUAAACAC